GCUGCAGUCAACUUUCUCCGCCGUAACGCUGCUGAAGGAUCAUCCCAGGACAAUGCUGGUAGCUUGACUACCCAUCUGGACGUGACGUAGUACUGUACUUGACAAUGCAGUGGUAGCUUGACUACCCAUCUGGACGCGACGUAGUACUGAACUUGACAACGCAGUGGUAGCUUUCGCGUCCCACCGACUACGUGUGCCUGUACGCUCAGUCCCCUCGCCAAAGGCUCAGGGCUCAGGACGCAGCGUAGCGUUUCGAACACCACCUGAGAGGUGUUAGUAACGAGAUGCUCUUAUAACGAUGUUUUUACCCCGUCGGGCAAACCGGCAACUUCUCCUCCUGCUCGUUUUCCUCUCCCUUGCAGCAACCCGCCUUGCUGCCGCAUCUGACGAGGACUCCCCUCCACCACACGAUUCACCGUCAUCAGAAGUAUCAACGGCCACUGUUUCCGAACCUGAUCCGAAGCCCGAUGCUGGGUCCGACUCCAAACCUGAUCCCGAGCCUGAUACCAGAUCUGACACCGAGCCAGCCAACGAACCUGCCAGCAAGCCGGCCACCGAGCCUGCCUCAGCAGACAAUGCGUCAAGCUGUCCAUCAAGCGUCCUCCGGCCGUGGGUGUGCGCCUGCAAUUCCUCUCUGAACCCAUCGCCCUCCCCACCACCCGAGGACUCCAUGCCCGCUAUAGACAUCUCCUUUAAGGGCGAAUUCGGGUAUGAGCUGAUCGCAGUGCUUCCCCACGCCUACUGGCAUUUACUGAACGGCACGCUCCGAUCGACCAAGUCAUGUGGCUCCUCCCUCUCCCUCCUCUACUACUUCAGCCCCGCCCAUGCCACUGACCCCAACUGCAAACGCUCAAACGACCACAAUCACGUGAUUAAAGAGUAUGGUUUCUCCAAGGGCCUUCAUUUUAGUGACAUUCCGGAGAACUGGCACCCCCCUCCGCUAGUGUACCGGACUCGGGAGCUUGGACGGGUGUGGCUGGAUGUGCCUAUAGGGGCGCCGCUUGUUAUGAUAAGCAACAAGUAUGAGAUUGAGUGGGCUGAACCUCCUGCCAAUUUCAUCGACGUGCCAACCCUCCUUACAGUCAUUCACGAGUUUCUCAAUAAGGGGUAUUAUGUGGUGUAUAACCGGCCUGGGAAGUCAAUCAAGGCGGACCCAGAGCAAGGAGACAGGGACGACUUGGGGGAUCACCCGAGGCUGGCUGAGGAGUUUGGGUCAGAGGCUCGUUUCCGAACCAUGCAGCAGAUCCACGAGGUUUGGCCGAGCCUGGAUUUCAACGAGGUUCAGUUUAGAAUGAUGGCUAGAAGCUCUUGCUUUGUCAGUGUACAGGGGGGUAGUUCUGUGCUGUCGAGUUACUGGGGCGGGAAGAAUGUUAUAUUUUAUCGGAAAGGGUGGGAGGGACAAGGAGGAGCUUAUGAGAGGAUUUAUCAUAGGAUGUCUGGGGCAAAGAUAGAGGUGACUAAAACGUAUGAAGUGCUUCUGGAGAGAUUGCAGGAGAUGAUUAGAGAAGAGCGGUGUAAAGCUGUGUGACAUGUGUGGACAUAUAAUUUGUAUAUGUAAUAGGCUAGCUAGGUGCAUGCUUAUAUAGGUAAUAUCCCCUUGUACCAC